UUUUUUUCGUUUCGGAGUGAUCGUUUUGUUUUCUUUUUCCCCUCGCAAACGAACCUCGUGGUGUGUGUGUGCGUUUGAAUUACGAUUUGGCGUGCCUGUAGGAAAUUACAUCCACACGCCACAGCAGAAGGGAACCAGUUUCGAUCGCCAAUAGUGUGUGACUCCACAGAGAAUGUGCAGUGGAUGGUCGGAAAAGCGGCUUGAAGAGUGAUUGUGUGCGUGUGUGUGCGUCCAUGGAGGGAAGUGACCCGGCGGCAGCUAUAAUUAUUAUUGUGCACAAGUGAUCAAAAGUGCAAGACGUGUCCUGGUCCUGGUGCGCGCGCACACAGUUAGUUGGUCACGAGAUUCGGCCUAGAGCGGUUGGCUGUUGGUUGGUAACGACGUGCUUCGCUCUGGAAGAAUGUGAUCCGUCAAGCGUUCGGAAGUGUGUCCCAGUCCUGCAGCAAUAAUGUCUACAGUGCCUCCGGUAGUCGAUACUACCGACUCGAGUGUGAUUCGCGAAAGUGUAACCGCCGCAGCCUUUGCCGUUCGAAAUGCAACAGCUGAUGAGGAUGAAGUUUACCGGAAGCUGUUCAGCAGUGAACCGCUGGCAGAUGUUGGCGGACAGAGUGGCAAUGGGUUUGUAAACAGUACGCCACUGCGGCCCGGAGAUGCCCGAUCGCGAGCGUCUGUGGUCGGACGGGCCAGCUCGCUCUCUUCGCUGAUCGGUGCCGCUAGUGCCGAUGAAUACCAGGGUGGCCUGCUGGCAGACGAGGCGACGGAACCGGCGUCCAUCUCCAGCCGGCCGAGCGAUUCGAGCCGCGGGUUCCAGAACACGUUCACCGUGCUCGAGCGGCACCUGCAGAGCAAGCAUUUCCAGUUCCGCCAGCUGCGGCGCUUCCUACAGUACAACGAGUCGAACCAGACGCCAGUAUUUUGCAACGUGCCGCCAUCCUUAAACGAUAGUUCAAACUACUUAAGAAGUAUUAGCGAGGAAAGUGGUAGCAAUGCCACCGUCAUCACCAGCGGUGCCUCGGAAGGUGAGGCGGUACCGCCGUCGGCAGAUGCUACGAGAAGAAGAUCCUCCUUGGGUCGAGCAAGGGCGCUCUUUCACAGCAGCAGCGGCAGCGUGGAGGAGAGCGAACAAGAGCCACCGAGCUUACUGGAACUGGAGCUGGAAGCAUCCGAUCGGAUGCGAAGAAUGCGCGAACGGCUGGGUGGCAGCGUGCCCGAUCUUCAGCGAUCGUGCGAAUCAAUAGAAACGCCCCUAGUGAAGGCACUGUACGGUGUUAGCUUGGAAUCGCUGGCGAAAAGCAACACCGACCGGAUCCAUCCCGAUCCGUCCGUUUUUAUCGACGAAGAGGACAAGCGCAGCCUGUCGGGAGAGUAUCCCGACUAUCCGUACUAUGUGGCGCGAGGAACCAACGGGCUGCCCUACCUGAAAGUAGUACACAGCAACUCGCCCGGUGCAACGGGAGGUGAGAAAGUCCUAUGCGGUAACCGAGUGAGCCAAAUGACCCGCGCGUACGAUGACAUAGAUGCCGUAACGCGCCUGCUGGAAGAGAAGGAAAAGGACCUCGAGCUAACGGUGCAGAUUGGCAAGGAGCUGCUAGCGCAGAACACGCACCUCGAGAACCGGGUCGCCGAGCUGGUGCAGGAGCUCAAGACGACGAACGAAAACCGGGCGCAGCUCUCGCACGAGCUGCAUCAGAAGAUCGAGCUGAUCGGAAUACUGACGAACGAUGCCGACGACACCAGUGAGAAUGUCACACCGACGGCAUCGAAGUCGAUCAACCUGGAGCUGCUGCAGCGGAAGGUUAAGCAGCUGGAGGACGAAAACAAAUCCCUGCGCACCGAAACCGCCCAGCUAGUGAAGGAGACGGACGAGUGCGAGGAGCAGGAGCGCAGGCUGAUGGCGGACAUCGCGAACCAGCUUACCACGGCCAACAGCGAGUUUGACGGUUUAAAUUUGGAACUCGAACGACUGAAGGAGGAAAACCGGCUACAGCAUGAGCAGAUCAUCAGCCUUACCGGGCGGCUCGCGGACGCCGAGAUACGGCUCCAUCAGCUGACCUCCGAAAACGAGGAAGCAUCGUCGCUGCUCAGCAUCACCAAAGAAAACCAAAACCUGCUGGCGGGCGAGCUGGCCGAGUUCAAGCUGCGCUACCAGGAGGUGCUGAACCUGCUACAGGAGGCCCAGGAGCAGCUGCGCCGGCAGCGGAAACGCUCCCAGCCGCUCGCGCGCAGCUCGCUUAUUCCCGGCAUUACGGGAAUGCCGGCCGCGCCCGAUUCGCUCCAGUCGGAGCUGAUGGAAACGUCCCUCUACUCGGAGCACAGCCUCGACUCGGGCAUCGAUUCGGUGCGGGGCGGUAUCGGUGGUGGCGGCUCCAUGAUGGGUGGUAUGAUGACCGGCUCCCAGCAGCAGGUUCCCGCCUAUCGGAAGGUGUUCGAGACGGUCCGCUCGGCCAGCCGGGCGAAUCCGAACGGGUUCAGCGAUAGUUUCUCGCAGCUCGGUUCGAUGACGAUGAGUUCCUCCUCGCAGCCGCGCAUGGCACCGUACGUUUACCCCGGACUGGGCGGUACGACCGGCAACGGCAGCGGCGGCAGCAAUGCGGGCAUCACGACGAUGACACACUCCUACAAGAGCGGUUCGUCCGUGUACAGCACGAUGUACGGCGGUGGUGGCGGCAGUUCGCUCGGUGGACGAACGUACUCACGCGAAAGUCUGACCGCCGACUCGGAGGAUGGCUAUCCGGGUCCCGCCCAAACAGGCAUCCCGGGUGCACCGGGCGCGAAGGAUCUGGAAGCGGCCCUGAAGCGUCUUACCCCGGCGGAGGUGCUAGCGAGACGGGCGAUGCUACAACACGCUCCGCUCGGCACGUACAGCUACGACGAGCAGCCUGCGGGCAUUCCGCUCGGCUGCCGCACACCGGACAGUAUUAUGUCGACCGGUUCGUCGGGCCUGUCCGGCCUGUCGUCAUCGUCGGCCGCCGGCAACGGCCAGUGGCGCCUUCCGGAGAAGCUGCAGAUCGUGAAACCGAUCGAGGGCUCGCAAACGCUGCACCACUGGUCGCGGCUAGCCACGCCCACCCUGAGCGGUCUGCUCGAGGAGCGGCCGGGCGUGACGAUACGCGGUGGCCGCGGGCUGGACGAACUGGGCCUGCAAACUUACUCGCUGUCCGACGUGGAGGAGGACGAAGACACGGAAGACCAUCCGGGCAAGCGGUUCCAAUCGUUCGGCUGCACCUACACGUACACCAACAGCACGGUGCUGCAUCCGGACGACGGUACGACGGCGGUCACGUUCAGUUUGCCACCCUCGCAGAUGUCCUCCCAGAUGACGUCCGAGUGUCCGACGCGACAGCCGACCGCACCGUCAACGCCCCGCUCCAGCCUGUCGCGGCGCAACUCCUGCUCGACGUUCAGCGUGAACAUGGGGCUGGCGUCGAUGCUGAACGAGCGUGGCAUUAAAGCCGUUACACCGAGUGCCCUUAAUACGCCCGCCGGGCCCAACUACUCACCCACGGUGACACCCUGCAAUAGUCCUGAUGGUUCACCCACUCGUUCAAUGUCUCCGGAACCGCCGCUCCUAUCCGGGCUGCUCGCCUCAACGGCCGACAUCCUGCGCAAGCGGUUCGUCGCCUCAACCGGCAGCCAGCACAGUUCCGCUGAUCCGGCCGAUCGUCCGUCGAGAAUAAUGACCCGCAACAAGGUCGCGCUGUCGCGGCUGGAAAAGAAAGCGCUUCGCUCGAUCAAGAUCAUGGAAAAGGUGGAAAGCAUCGGGCUGGAGAACAUUAUGCUACCGCCGCAGCAUCCACCGGGUAUCAGUCCGCUUGCCCUGCACGGAACCUCGGCCCUCUACACGGCAGCCGCGUCCGGUCGCGGUCGUAGCCCGAUGGCACAGCUUACCAGCCUCAAACACAUGCAGGACCAGCGACGCAAAGCUCAGCAGCAGCAGGCGGACGAUCUUGUAACGAUCGACAAGGAAACGAUCAAAGCGGUCCUAACGAAGGGUCUGUCGCACGACAGUCUGAAGAGCAUGGCUUCCUCGUCCGGCGCGAGCAGUGGCAUCAGCACAGCGAUGUCCUCCGACUCGGACAGCUCAUCAGUGGCGAGCUUUGAUACGGAACCCCGCACCAAGGACACGACCAGCGGUGCCAGCUCGGCUGCUACCAACACCAAUACCGCCUCCCCAACGACAGCGGCCCGGCUGAAGCAGAUGCAGCGGCAGAAAUCGCGACGCAAUCUACUGAACGGUGCGAACGGUGGCUCCCAGCGGCCCGAUCUCGGCACGGUGAACGGUUCCAGCCGUCCCGGGGUACGACCGGACCUUGGCACUGUAGGUAGCAAAGCAACGGGCAAAACUGGUGGCAACAGCAGCACCGGUGGAAGUGGCAAGGACAGUCGCAGCAAACAGCAAUCGACGGCAACUGCUGCAGCACCGGCGGUUAAGGAAGAAAGCCGUUCACUCGGGCAGAGUGUGUACGGUACGAUCAGCUCGUUGCUGUUUGGCCGCAAGGGUGGUUUGCUGUAAGAACACUGGCGAGAGCAGUGAAGGACACAAGGACGACCGCUGCAGGCACAGGAGUACAUGCGCGGGUCCGGUUGAAAUGACCCCUUUUGUUGGUAGCCGUUACAGUUUACAUCCACCUUUUUUCGUAUAAUUUUAACCCACAAACAGAUUAUUUCCUAUAUUCAUUUAGUGUACCCAUCAUAUCCUCGUUCUGUAAAGUUUUAGUAGAUCCCCUAGUGCGCAAGCAAGACAAAAAACACACGCACAUAUUCUACACAAUAAUACCUCCAAAAUGGCAACAAUUACCCCGCGAGGAAAAGUUAUUUUGCAUACCUUCCGGGGGAGAAAUCCAAUACGAAUCCUUCUAUUUGCCGUGCGCGCUCACUGAGUGUAAAAAAGAUAAAGCUAUUCUCGCUUCCCUCGUUUUUGGAGGGAAAAGAGGAAUGCGGGCUCUCCCUACACCACCUGAAACCAUUCAAGCAAGCAAGGAAUUACGGAAAAUCAGGCUUACUCUCUCGUAUGCACAACACUGCCGGGUGCUGGUUUUUUUUGUUUGUCCAGUUAGAAACUUCAGUAUUUGUUCGACAGUAGUCCUUUCUUGGUGCUUUUCCACUCUAUAUACGGUGGCAGCUCAGUGUUACUAGCAGGCAUAAAGUGUAGUCAAAUUACGAACAUUCCGGUGCUCAUCCAGUGCCAGACCACUGAGAACUGAUAUAAAAACCAUCGCUAAAUAAAGAUGGUGUUUAGAAACUGUAGGCAACAUUUCUUUACAAAGCUUCCAUUUCCCAAUUAUCCCGAGAGACGUUUUUUUCUAUUUCUUUCAUAAAUCGCUGUCCAUGUUUUCCCUUGCAAAUUUUCCCUCCAUGCUUUUUAGGAUAACAUUUUUCGAAUUAAAUUAUCUCUAACUAGUCUUGCUAUUGCCUCAAACAAACGUGAUGAUGAGAGAGGAAUGCUGAUUUUAGGAAGCUUUUUCGCUGCCUACUUCGUCGCUGCAACGUUGGCAAGCUUACGGUUUGGGUGGCGUUUAGGGAUGUUUAGGAGCCGCAUGGUAGAUAGAAACUUCAGUUCCUGCCCUUUCUGGUGUAGUCGACACGGAUUUUACGUACAUCACAAGCAUAAUGUGAAAUGAUUUACUCUUUUUUUUAAUCAGACUCCAAAAGUAUCUUAUUUUUCUAGUCCAAUGAACAACGAAUACACAUUUCAUUUUCUAUUUCCCUGUUCUAGACGCUGUUUAAACAUCCUUUAAUGCAGUACUGUAAAACUCUUGCUUACUGAUCGUACAUCAAUACAAACUCUCUCACACACAAUUGAUUCAAGUCCGGUUCCGACCCUUUCCGCAAAAAAAAAAAAAAAAACAAAAAAAACACUCUUAAGGAAAAGCUCGUGUAAACCCAUCGAUGGACGAAUCAAUGAGAGGUAACAGGCAAAGCUGUAAAUUAGAAGACAAUCCCCAUUUCAUGUGCGGUAAUGAGAUGAACUCGCUCGGCUCUUAUCGUACUUCCGCAGUCUUUGUUUAGCAUCCUUUUUUCUCUCAAGCUUUGGAGAAAGGAUCAGCACAAUCUGUACGCACUGUUUUGCUAUCUGUACACUGUUCAAAGCACCACUUUCUUAUACAUAUAUCGGCAAAAUACGAUAUAGCUUUAUGUAAGACAACACCACUCCCUGUACAACUGUAACAAUAUCUACAUCUUUCUGCCUAUUUUUACAACAAUGCAGUAACAUAGGGUACAUUCUUGAAGAGCAAAUCGAUCAGUGAAGGGAUUAUACAGUGCUGCAAUUAGGGGGUGAACUAACUCUAACUUAAUUUAAAAAAUACUUUCUUUCUAUACUCUAUUUAAUUUGAUAACAUUUGAGACAGAGAGGUACAGGAGAGAUUUUGUGAGUUAAACGAGAUAAAUCUGGCGAUUGAUUUAGCUAUUUUUUCCCCUUCAAAUUUUCCUUUACCUCUGUUCAGCUGAGAGCUUUUUGUAGCCUCGUAGUGUAGAUAGAGAAAAAGUGGUACUAAAAAAAUGCUUGUGAAGAAAGGAUGUUAUUAGAGAGCUCAUUAGUAGCUGCACAACAAGUAGCUGGUUUCGCAUUGAAGCAAAAAAAAAAAACAUAAGAAACGCGGAGAAAUGGCAUAAUUUAGUUACGACUGAUUAUCCCUCUUGUUCCUCUCGAUAACGAAUUGGCUUUCGUAGACUGUGUGAUUUGGAUUAGUUUUUUUUCGGAAAAAAAAAACUUUUUUUGGUUAGUAUGUACGCUCACUACAACACACAAUAGAAAACGAAUUGGUUUGCUGGUUCCUUUCGCGCGAAAGGAAUAAAAUGACUAUGUGAGAGAACGGCGCGUGAAGCAGCAGGGAUUGUUGAAUCAACUGUAUCUGUUUUUUUUUUUUUGUGUGUGUUACUCUAUAAAAGAGUAAAAGAGAGAGGCCUUUCCAAAAAUGGGUUAAGUUUCGUUGUUGUGGCUUUUUUCGUGAAGCGUACGUAGGGAUCGUUGUACAUAGAUUGCAGUGUUAAUAACACACCACACCAUUUCUUACCCCGAAGCCUAAGAGGAAGAAAAAACGUGCUACUUUAAAACCCAAUGGUGGAUAAGUUGGAAACAAAACACAGACAGACGAAGACUAUUAAACAGAUUAAAGAAAGCUUAUAUCAACCUUUCCCCCUCUCCCGCAGAAUGGUAGAUGCUGUUGUAGAUAAUUAUUAAAAUAGUGCGCAAAAACAACACACAAAACACAAUACAAACAAAGUGAAACUAAAUUACAAAAAAUAAUAUAACGACGACAAGGGAUAAAAGUGGGAGGGAAAGGAAAGGUUGUGUUAAUUGUGUGUGUGUGUGUGUUUCAACAAGAAGCGUCACAAGGAAUGGAUAAGCAAAGAAUGGAUGCGUGUGUGUGUGUGAAAUGAAAACAGAUUGUUGUUACACAUUGCAAAAUAGUUGUAACGAAAGUAAGAAAGAGAAUGUUAAGUAUUUAUUUUUAUAUAGAACAAAGAAGGUAAUAAAAUAAAGAUAUGAAAUCAAUAAACGAUGAAAACGAAAACCAAACACAGUUUAAUUGAAAACAAAAAGAAAUGAUUAAGUUAUUCAAGAUGGAAAUAAAACCGUAUGUAAAAUGGGUAACAAAGCGGGAACAUUUAACACAUAUAAUACGCUACUAACAUUACCAAUCGUUGCUUUGAAAAGCAGAACAUAGAACGAGAAGAAGAGGAAACAAAACAGAACAAAGUGGAUUUAUAAUGUCACAAAUACCACAGCCAGAAAGGAUAGUGGAUCUGGGAUUUCUUUUUUCUUUGUAAAACCAUUCAUUAUACGAAGCACUGUAACAAAUUUCAAUUACACAGCAAUAUACUACAUAACGAGUGCACAGCCGAUUAAAAAGUGGGGGAAAUGAAACCAUUGAAGUGGAAUUAAAUUCACACUUACACGGGUUUAAUAUGCACUAGCGGCAGCAGAGAGUUAAUGACUGGUGUGGAAGAAAUGUGUUACUUACAUGGAUAGAGAUUGUUACAACAACGGAGCGGCAAUUAUGAUGAUGGUGAAAAAUAAAACACCCGUUUUCAAGUUCUUCCUCUCGUAGAAAGGAAAGGCAAGCGAGUUACAAUGAAUAAAAAAUAAAUGAAA